AUGAGAUUCAAAAUCAGGGGACCUUUAAUUCAGCUUAGAUAUAAAUCUACAAAGCCGUUCUAUAUAACUACACCUAUAUUUUAUGUCAAUGCAGCACCACAUAUAGGCCACUUGUAUUCCAUGUUGAUAGCAGAUACAAGAAACAAAUGGGAGAAAUUAAAUCCACUGAAAGAGUCAUUUAUGUUGACUGGUACAGAUGAACAUGGUUUGAAAAUCCAACUGACGGCGGAAAAGCUUGGGUUGGAACCUAAGGUAUUGGUUGAUAAAGUAUCCCAAAACUUUUCCAAAUUGGCAGAACAAUUUGAUGUUAAUUAUGACAGAUUCAUAAGAACCACAGAUAAUGAUCAUAUUGAGCUAGUUCGUUACUUUUGGAACUUGAUGAUGGAAAAAGGGUUUAUUUACACUGAUACUCACAGUGGAUGGUAUUCCAUCAGCGAUGAAACAUUUUUCCCAGAAACACAAAUAGAAGAAGUGGUGAAGAAUGGAAAAGCAGUGAAAAUAUCCAGUGAAACUAAAAAUGAGGUUGUAUACCAGAAGGAAACUAAUUAUUUUUUCAAGUUGUCGAUGUUCCAAGAACAAUUGAUUCAAUUUUUAAAACAGAAUCCUGAAUUCAUUAAACCAAAACAUAGAUAUCAAUUUAUUUUGAAAGAACUAGAGGACACUAAGUUACCUGAUUUGUCAAUCUCAAGACCAUCUUCCCGAUUGAAAUGGAGUAUUGAGGUACCUAACGACAGCACUCAAAAGAUUUACGUUUGGUUCGAUGCGUUGUUAAACUAUUUGACGGCCACAAAAUUUCCCCACGGUUUUGAGGUUCAAGAUUCAAAAUUUGUCACUCCUGAAAAUAGUAUAUGGCCAGCCACUCAUGUGAUAGGAAAAGACAUUAUCCGUUUCCAUUGCAUCUAUUGGCCAAUAUUUUUAAUGGCAGCUGGUAUUGAAUUGCCAAAACAAGUGAUAGUGCACUCUCAUUGGUUGUGUGAUGGGUUCAAAAUGAGCAAAAGCUUGGGAAAUGUGGUUGAUCCAAUGGAAAUUAGUGAGUAUUAUGGUGUCGACCCAGUGCGGUUUUUCCUUGUUGAAAACUCAAACAUCGAUGACGAUUGUAAAUUUAGUGAAGAGUUAUUACAAAGAUCUAGAGAUGCUGUUUUGGGAAAAUAUUGUAACUUAAUUUCACGAAUUGGCGGGAAAAACUUUAGCAUUGAAGAAGCCGUGAAAAGUUCAGCAAGUGGUGAAUUUAAUAACAUACGUGAAAUAAUUGAAACCUACACAAUUAAUAAGGAUUCUGUUGAGGGCCUUUUAUCUUCUUCAAGCAAAUUGACAACAGAUUUAAAUGAUUUAUAUAAUCAGAUGGAUCAUUAUUUCACAAAUUUUGACUACAUUAGAGCUAUUCAAUGCUGGUGGUCUGUUAUUAAUCAAGCCAACCAAAUCUUCCAGAGUGCAGAGCCAUGGACAUACGUUAAGUUAAUCAACUCUCCUGAGACCCCCGCUGAAUUAAAGGAAAAGUACAGAAUCCUUAAUAACUAUUUUGUUUACUUAUGUGCUGAGACCACGAGAAUAUCAUCAAUUCUCAUACAGCCAGUUAUGCCUCAGUUGUCAAAGAAAAUUCUUGAUAGAUUAAAUGUUUCUGGACGUACAUCAGAGUUUACUACAUUUGGUGCAGAUUUACAAUAUGGCUCUGGUGCCAAUUCCAAGUCACAUAAAGUCCCUCUAGAAAAAAUUGCUCCAAGAGAUAUUAAAUGA